AUGUCUAAAUUAAUCAGUUUCGAAGAUUUCCUAAGUUAUGCCAAUGCAUUGAAUGCCACCAUAGGUCUUGUGGCCUACGAAAAACCUAAUACCAAACCUCUUAAGAAACUCAUAUUCGAUGUGAUUUUUUGGCUUAAUUUUAUAAAUUUAAAUUUGGUGCUACUCGGCGAAUUGGUUUUUGUCAUAGAAUCAGUGAAUGGUCGUCAUGAAUUUCUCGAAAUGAUUAUGGCUUUAUCCUACAUUGGUUUUGUGGCACUGGGAAGUUUUAAAACAUGCAUUAUCAUGCAAAAGAAAUCGCAUCUGACCACCUAUGCCAGGGAUAUGAAUCAAAUAUUUCCAAAUGCAUCGAUUGCAGUUCAGCGAGAAUUAAAUGUUCGAAAAUAUUUGAAAUAUUCGAAAUUCUUUUCAAUUAUGUUUUCGACAAUGUGUUUGGCAAUGUUGGUAUUCUUUAACUUUGAGGCCAUAACUGAAUGGUUAAUUGCCACCGAAUUACGGGGAGAUCAAAAUGCAGCACAACACCUACCGUAUUUCAUGUAUGCUCCAUGGGAUUGGACGGGAAAUCAUUGGUCAUAUUAUCUGCUGUAUGGUAUUCAGUGUUGGGCCGGUCAUACUUCGGUAGUGGCCCAGUUUUCAAGUGAUUUACUCUUAUAUGCCUUCAUUGGCCAGCUGAUAAUGCAUUUUGAGGCCAUAACUAAGGAUGUUAGCAACUAUAGGCUGCGGAGCUGCACUGCUGAUAUGGAUUUUCUGCGAAACAUUGUUUUCAAACACAGUAUUUUAUUGGAGCUAUCGGAACGUAUUAAUGACUUAUUUGGCUUAUCAUUGUUUGUUAAUUUUGCCACCUCAGCUGUGGUCAUGUGCUUCUUAGGUUUCCAGAUGUCAAUUGGAGCUUCGUUCGUCAAUUUAUUGAAAUUGGUUUUAUUUUUAAUACUCAUGCUGACACAAGGAUUCCUAAUUUGCCAUUUCGGUCAGCUUUUGACAGAUGCGAGUCUAAGUAUUGCUUAUGCCGCCUUUAAUCAGAAUUGGAUAAGCAGCGAUGUGUGUUGUCAAAAAAUGUUAAUAUUAAUUACAGAAAGAGCACAAAAACCCGUCAUACUUAAGGCCACAACACUGGUGCCAGUCUCUCGUGCAACAAUGACCCAGCUCCUACAAAUUUCCUAUAAAUUCUUCGCUUUAUUGAGAACAAUGUAUGUGCAGUGA